UCAGCUGUUGCGCCAUGGGGAGCAACAACGCGGCCGAUGGCGGUGGACUGUUGGCGGGGCGUGGGCCAGAGACCCUGGGGACUGGCGCCGGGCUUGGAGGCGCGGGUGUGGCGGCGCUGGUGGGGGGCCUGCUGCUCAUCGUCAUGGUGUUGGCUGGGAACUCACUCGUGUGCCUGAGCGUGGCCUCCGAACGCACCCUGCAGACCCCCACCAACUACUUCAUCGUGAGCCUGGCGGCUGCAGACCUCCUUCUCGCAAUACUAGUGCUGCCACUCUUUGUCUACUCCGAGGUCCAAGGUGGCGUGUGGCUGCUCAGCCUCCGCCUCUGUGACACCCUCAUGGCCAUGGAUGUCAUGCUAUGUACUGCCUCCAUCUUCAACCUGUGCGCCAUCAGCGUGGACAGGUUCGUGGCCGUGACGGUGCCGCUGAGCUACAACCAGCAGGGCCAGAGCCAGCUGCUGCUCAUCGCCGCCACAUGGCUGCUGUCCGCUGCGGUGGCUGCGCCGGUGCUGUGCGGCCUCAACGAUGUGCCCGGCCGCGAUCCAGCGGUGUGCCGCCUGGAGGACCGCGACUACGUGGUCUACUCGUCCGUUUGCUCCUUCUUCCUGCCCUGUCCGCUCAUGCUACUGCUUUACUGGGCCACUUUUCGAAGCCUGCGACGCUGGGAGGCAGCCCGGCACACCAAGCUGCACAGCCGCGCACCGCGUAGACCCAGCGGCCCGGGUCCACCCGUGUCGGACCGUGCUCAGGGUCUCUUCUUCCCAGACUGUCUGCCCCCUUCACCCAGCCUCUUGCAGAGCUCCAGCGGCUCCAGCCAGCCUGAGCCAGAUCUCUUUCAGAGACCCUGCGGCCCCGAGCGUCUGCUCCCGGAUGCAGCGAUCCCUCAAGCGCCCGCACCGCCUUCCCGCGGAAGAAGGGGAGCCAAGAUCACGGGAAGGGAGCGCAAGGCAAUGAGAGUCCUGCCGGUGGUAGUUGGGGCAUUCCUGAUGUGUUGGACGCCUUUCUUCGUGGUGCACAUCACGCGGGCGCUGUGUUCGGCUUGUUUCGUGCCCUCUCGCUUGGUCAGUGCGGUCACCUGGCUAGGCUAUGUCAACAGUGCCCUCAACCCCAUCAUCUACACCGUCUUCAAUGCCGAGUUCCGAAGCGUCUUCCGCAAGUCUCUCCGUCUCUGCUGCUGAAAAGGCCACUGGUGUCCUGAGGUCAAAGAGACCCAGGCCUGUGUGCGGAAUGCGCUGGCGCGUCUAAUUAAACGAAUUAUUUCCUAACCCAUUUUUACGAAGACUGGGGGUUGGGGAGAAGCAAGGAAAAGAGGAAGGUUUUUUGCCUAGAUGGUGGGCUUGGCUAACUCCUGCUUUUGAGGAUGUCGCAGGAUCAGCUUCAGGAGGUUUAAAAGUCUCUUCUGCCCCAGGAAGAGUAGAACUACUUCAUCUGGCUUAGUUUCCCCUUAACAUGUAAAGUGACCAAGUGUCUAGCUGGGAGAGGAGCUAGAGGAAUUUCCUGAGGCUCCUGGGUCCCCAGGAUCCUGUCCAGGCCAGCUUUAGCUCCUUGGAAAGCUAGGUAGGGAGGGCUCUGCUGUCAUUGAAGCGGGCAGGGGCAUCAUUUUGGAAGCUUUCUUGAGUACAGUACACAUAGCUUCCUGCCAGUCUGUCUCCAGAAGAUACACCAAAUUCUCAAAGUCCCACUAAGGUGCCCUCUGAGAGGGAGCCCUAAACUCAGAUCCACCCAGCCCAUCUUUACCCUACGGAUGUCCAGAGGCUGGAUUCAAGGUGGUUGCAAGCAGCUCCUGCGCUAGAGCUCUUUGGUCAAGGCCUAGCCCAGCAAGAAGAGAUGACUCCCUCCUGGUAGGGGCAGCACACCCUAACAUUUUCCCCUCCCCAUCCUGUCACGGGAGAGAUGUAAGUCAGGACUGCCAAGGAGGUUUUUAGUGGGGUUCCACAUCAAAAGCAACAGGCA